GUUCCCUGUGAUGUCACAAAAUGAAAGACACACUCGUUCCUGCGUGUUGCAGAAUUGUAGCAGAUUUUACCUCCGUGCAAAUAUUUUUGACAAAAUUAGCAACACAAAAUUUUUGUUUCAUAAGUUGGAUUAAGUGACAUUGGCGUAGAUUUCUCGGAAAUGGUAAUGUGAAGUGUAUUGUGUAUUGUUGCUGAAGACUCGUGCAUCUGGCUCACUGUAUAGACCAUAACUUACAUUACAUUUUUAGUACGAUAUUAAGGAGCGUUCAUAUCAUUAUUUUGUAUUUUCACGAAAACAAUAAGUUUCCACUUUGACUGAGAAUGAUGGCAAAAAUAAGUUUUACAUACCAUCCAGUAAACCAGCUUGGCAUAAUAAUUCUAAUAAUGCCAUGAUUUCAAAAGGCGUGGGAACGAUAAUGCUGAAUAAUCUGUCAUAACAGCUUUACUAUUAAAUAAAUUAUUACGUUUAAACGCUCAUUUAAAGAAAACAUUUGCCAAAGGAAAAACGCACUAAAACAUUUUGUAAACGUGUUUAAAUGUUUUUUUAGCCCGUUUUAAAAGGUGUUUAAACACAUUUUGGUCUGAAAUGUGAAUAAACGCGUUUUUCUCUUUUCACCUUUAACCACUUUUUCCAAAAUAGGGUCACAUAUGUAAACAUGUGAGACUUCAAAUGAAUUGGAAGUGCUAUAAUGCUAGUCUUGAUCAACAAGCAAGAUUCUAAAAAUACUAAAAUUAAGAUGCGGUAUAACUACUGACCUUUAAUGCUCUAAUGCUACUAAAAUUAGUAUUUUUCAACAAGAUUUGGAAAUUCAUUGAAGUAAACCAUCCCUUGGGUAACUGGCAUGAUAUCCAUGAACAACACAACCUUUGUUGAUAGCCUCUUUCCGAGUCACUAAAAGAAGAUUACCAUCACUGCAAUAAGAAAAAUAAGAUACUUCUCAGUGAAACUAAAUAGAGUCCUGAUACAACAUAAUCUGGACGAGUGGGAAAAAUUCUGAGCAUACAAGUGACAAAAAAAAUUAUUCCACGUGAUUUAAGCAAUACUUCUGUCAGUGUAAAAUGCAGACUACACACUUUUUAACUGAAUCAUGUCACCAUUUUCAUAAUUGAGAGCUAUAUCCAUAGACAAGCUAACUGGAGCAUUACUCAGGUCAACUGAAAUGAUGUUCAGGCUGACCAGAGUGCAGACUUUCACUGCAAUUAGCCUGGAUAACCCUGUUUAUAGUCAGCACGCAAUAAUGGAAAUAUGACAUAUAUACUUAAAAAGUCCGUAGUCUGCAGUCUUCAUUUUACCUCAUUUUUUUACAAUGUAAUUUUGAUGUAA